AAAGAGCCACGCUCAUUCCAGUUGUCGACGGAGUGCGGAGUAGGAUAUACUCUGUUUCGUUGUCCCUGAGUCGACAAAAAGUUCGUAGUAAUCUUUGUAGUAGACGAACAAGUAGAAAAUUCAGUUUCACAAUCGAUAUAAAAGACCUGUCGUACACGAGUGUUUCUUUUAGUGUAUUCUAUAUUUUUUCUUCUUUAUUAAGAUGAAGUUAAGCCGAUUAUAAAACAUCUCGAUAUAAAGUGUGCAAAAUUACAAGGAUAAGGAACACAAUUUCAAAGAAGAAUUUUUCAUACUUUCCAUACGGAAUUGUAAAAACACAUGUUACGUUAUAUGUUACUUGUCAUACGUUCAUCUUUUUACCAAUCAAUCUAUGUGCCGUCCAUAUAAUAACUUCAGCAACAUCUCUUAUAUUUGUUAACGAUAUCGCGAUAAAAGACGCAACCCAAGACUAAUUUCAAUGUGUCCCUCUUUUGUGGAUAUUGCUCGCGGAGAAACACAUGAAUUGACAGAGACUUUUGACAAUCAUGGAUGUUGAUUGUCCGAUAGUCAGUUUAAAACGAUCAAGCAGUGCGCCUAUGAUUAAUGAGAUCAGUGCCACAAUGUCUGUUACCUCACCCUCUACUUCUGCACCAAGAAAUGCUGUAUCAACAUUUAAUGUAUUUGCCAAUUCACCUCGUCUACGACGAUUCAGCACUAGUAGUCCUUGUAGUAUACCACGUUUAACGCCAAGAGUUAGCCAAUUAAGACAAGAAGAAUGUAUAGAUGUUGCUGGUCGUGAAGCUGCGCAUGAAAAGGAAAUUCACAGUGCAAUGCAAAUAUCUCAAUCAUGGGAAGAUCUUACCCUAGAAGCAGAAGGCUUAUCAUUUAAGGAUUCAGAAUCUCCUUCUCAUCUCAAUAGAGCAGAACGACAAAUAGCAAAAAGGAUAUUAGAUCCACUCAGUUUAAAUUUAUCCGUGAAUGGUCCACCAUUGUGUUCAUCACCAUCACCUACAAGAUCGGGAUUAAAUCAACGACAGUGUUAUUCUCCUGGUAUUCAUAUGGUUAAUUGGAAAAAUAAUUUGUCACCUAGUCCAACGAGAAAGGCUUUUGCUACAAGGCGUAGUCUAAGUCCAAUAAGGCCAAGCUGCUUAGGACCCGUUAAAAGAAAAUUUGAAUUAGAUGAUACUGGUGUAGAUCAUCAUUUGUAUCCUCCAGCCAAACGUACAUCUGGUUCUAUAACACAAAGUGCAUUCAGAUUAGAUACAAUAUCCAGUCCACUUUCUGGUACCAUUAGUUCUGUUGGAACUCCUGAAUCAAUAUCUAGUGCAGAUUCGCCAAGUUUUUCCUUUCAGCAAGUGGAUAGUCCUUCGCCAGUUUGUAUUGGUCCUAAUACCGAUGAUAUAUUGAAUGAAACAAGCAUGCAAGCUGAAACAAUAGACCAAAUUCAAACAGAUAAAAUUAGUCAAGGUAAUGAAAGAUGAAUAUAAACAUCUAAAAAUUGAUGAUUCACGACGUGUCAUAUUAUCUCUUGUUGUAUGAUGUAUUGUAAUACUGACUUGAAAUAGUUGUAUUAGUAUUUCUUGCAUUACCAUAAUCAAGGGGAAUUUUGUGCUGAUUCUCAUAUACUAAAAUUAUAGCAGCUACAAAUGAGAGUACCUGCUUUAACUAUGUUCCUGUAAAUAGGAAGGAACUAAAAUUAUUCUAAACACAUGAUUAAAGUAAUGAAAAAAAAAGAAAAAAAAAUAUUGAAUAAUUAUUAUAUAUAUAGAUUGGAAUGUUUUCAAUGUUUUUCAAUUUUAGUACAAUAUCAAGUAUAUCUUAGUGAAAAAGAUUUCUUCAUAUUUUUGAAAGACAUUGUUUUACAAAUGUAAUAUGAUAAUAGGUAUAUAAAUAUUUAGUGUUACUUAUGGUAUUGUUUUUCGUCUAUGAAUUACACAUGUGCCACUUUAUGCUAUCCAAAUAUCAACUUGUAUUAACAGCUCUGAUGCUCUUAUGAAUCAUUAUUAAUAGCAUAUAAUUGCUGAAUUAUUCUAAUCAUGUUAAUUAUCUAUUCAGUAAUAUCUACAAUUUAUUUGUAUGUAAUAUUGAAAUUACAUUAAUUGCACAGAUUGUUUUAUCUCUGUUUUUAAAUUUGUUAGCCUUGUUGCCAUGUUAUGAACCAAAUUUCAAUAGACUUACAUUAGCUAUGGUAAUGCCAUUGUGGUUAGUAAAAAAUGAGAUAGCUUCAAGUAAUAAUUGUAAUACAUGGAGUGUUUUAGAAACAAUGCAUUUCCAUGAUAAAAAAACUGGAUUUUGUGUAAAAAAAAUUAGUAUAAGAAAUUUAAAUUAGAAUAUGUUUGCACAAUUUAAUAUUAGUCUAUCUUUCAUGACAUGAUACGAAAAAUCUUGAUAAGCAAACAAAUGCAAUAUUUAAUAACAUUGAUGUCUGAACAUUUUUAAAAAAUUAUAGACUCUCAGAGUAAAUUUGCUUGCAUUCCUUUUCCAUUGUUGUACAUUAACUAUGGAAGAACAAGAUAUCAACCGUGAGAUAAUCAACAUUUUUAAAAGGUGUCCUUUUAACUUACACCAAAGUUUUAGUUAAGAUUGAACUUUGUCACAUAAAAAUAGUUUUAGUUUUUGCUUAUAUUAUAUCAAAUAAAAUUUGCAAACAUUAGCUUAUUAAUUAUUCUGUACUUUUUCGAAGUAAACUAUAAACAUAAUGCAAUUAUACAUAAUUUGUACCAUAUUGUUAAAUAUUUAUAUAUAAUUAGUUCUUUCAAAUACAUGCUUUGACUAUAAUAAGCAACAUUUGUUUUUCAUGUUCUGAAUCGAAGUUGGAAGCCUACGUUAUUGUAAUAAAUUAUAAUGUAAAAUUAUUAUCACUUUGAUCUGCGCCAAACUAUGGAGAGAGAAGAAGUAUUAUUAAUCAUGUUAUAUCUAGUAUAUUUUUAACAUCUUUCAAAAAUAAAACAACUUGCAUUGAUGAUCUUAAUAAUGCCUUGUAGAUAAUAUAUAUGUUGUUAGCUCAAAUAUUAAAAGAUCAUUAUUAUUAAAAUUAAGAAUCGUGGAAAAGAAAAUUCAUCAAUGCUGUUGUUUGGUAGACAAAUCAAUCUUAUAUAUUCCUAAAGUCAAAGUGAACUUCUUAGAAGAUACAUAUGCUUCCUAAGUUUAAGACUGAAAUUAAUGUUUUAUAAGGCACUUUUUUUAUAAAUCAAAAUGGCCUCCACCCAAUUGAAAAAAAUCAUGUGUAAAUAAAACAGUACUUUCUCAAUCAAGUUCUUCAAAAUUGACUAAGUUUCAAAUAAAUACAUAUUUAUUUAUGCACGUAAAAAAUUUUGUAUUAACCCUUCGGUGCGUGCAAAUAUUAGAUGAAAAUGUGAAAUAUCAAUAAAUAGAAUAAUUAUUGUACAAUCAACUAAA